AUGCCUAUCAAUCAACCCUCAAACCAGAUCAAAUUCACAAAUGUCUCAAUUGUGAAGCUCAAAAAGGGCAAAAAACGUUUCGAACUAGCCUGCUACAAGAACAAACUCCUCGAAUACCGCUCAGGAACAGAGACAGACCUCGACAAUGUCCUCCAAGUCCCCACAAUCUUCCUCUCAGUCCAGAAAGCCCAAACAGCCCCAUCCGCAGAACUAUCCAAAGCAUUCGGUGCAGACACCCCGCUCGACGAGAUCCGACAGGAAAUCCUCCGCAAGGGCGAGGUACAGGUGGGCGAGCGCGAGCGCAAGGAGAUCCUCGAACGCGUAGAGAAGGAAGUCCUGGAUAUCGUGUCCUCACGGCUGGUGGACCCGACCACGAAACGUGUAUAUACACCGGGCAUGAUUUCGAAGGCGCUGGAUCAGCUGAGCUCGGCGAGUGGACAGCAGCAGUCGCAAAGUGCGGAUGAUGCUCCGCAACAGCGGAAACCGGUCUGGACGGGGGUGUCGUCUACAAAGUCCGCGAAGAGUCAGGCGCUGGAUGCUAUGAAGGCGCUUAUCGCGUGGCAGCCCAUCCCGGUGAUGCGGGCGCGGAUGCGACUCCGUAUCACCUGUCCGGUGACGCUGCUCAAGCAACCGGUCAAAACCGGACAAUCAGGUGCCGGGAAAGAUGAAGAGAAGGAGAAGCCAUCUGGCGGGAACAAAUCGAAUAAAAAAGGCGGCAAGAAGUCGAAAGCCCGGCAACAACAUGAUUCGGAUGUCGAAGUGGGAGGCUCAGAGGCGGAGCCAUCGACUAAGGCGCCCUCUACAGUGAAGGAUAAGAUCCUGAGCUAUAUUGAAUCGAUCGAGACGCAAGAAGUAGUUGGCGGUGAUGAAUGGGAAGUAGUCGGGUUCGUACAGCCGGGGGCAUUUAAGGGUUUGAACGAGUUCGUUGGCAACGAAACUCGUGGACGAGGGAGAGUGGAAGUGCUGGACAUGGCAGUGACGCAUGAAGAUUAG